ACAAACUCUGGUGUGCUUUCAGCUGAGUUGCUUAGCGAAGAUGGUGAUGCUGCAUGGGAUUCCCAAGGACUUGGAUAGCUAUCCUAAAGACCUGUUGCUAUUUUUAAGUCCUUCAGACUACGCAGCAACAGGGAGCUGUAAGCAGUACUUUGCUAAUGUUGGGAAAGCAAGUCUUGAUCUUCUGCAAAGAGAGUCGUCAGAGCGCAAACAGCUGCUGCUGGAAGCUUUAGCGUGCUUGAAAAUUCCAGGCACACGAGUAAACAAGGAAAAUGCAAAGAUUCUGGGUCAUCUGGUCUGUGACCUGGGUGAAGAAUACAUUAGAAGUUCUGCUGGGACUUUGUUGAAGGAGUUAAGCCAGUGUGAAUCUUUCCUGCCUGAUCAAGAAGAGGCUAUUAGGAGUGUGAUCAGCAGUGGCAACACUACAUUUGGGCCUCCUCAAUUGUGGUCAGCAUCUACCUUGAAUGAGCUCACAGGGUUGAUUCCUGUACUGGAUCACAGCAUCUGGCAGAAGGUCCCCAAGAAUGUUCUAACUUUUUGGCUGAAGAAUUUUGCACGUGAUUCACGUCUGUCAAGAGCACAGCUGGCCACCAUUGUUGAAGAACUCUUGCCUUCUAGGCAGAAGCGUGAUGUUGGUUGCCCAGAUGACCUGAGGAUAACAGAGAGAGUUCUUAAUGAUGAUACGAUGCCUAUUUACUAUUUACCUGAGGUGCUGCGUGCUUGCCUGAAGAACGUCUCUCUAAAGAAUUACUUCCCUCAGAUCCUGAACUACCCUUUCAGUAAUGAGCAAUUGGCUGUGCUGAAGGAGAAGCUGGAUGAGACAUAUCCUGAUGGAUAUCCUGACAGUCUGCUCCCCAGACUGGGCCACCUUGCUUCUUUAAUCACCGUGAAGGAUGUUAGCAAAUGGAAGAUAACUUCAGCUGACACGCUGGCUUCCUUGCUAGAGCUUGACCUCCAAAAUGAACAGGCUGCUGCUGUGAUCAGUCGAUACGUUGCCUUGGGAAAUCCCUUGAAUGCCACUGCACUGAAUGCAAUUAAUACAAAAUACUUGUGCACUCUGAAUGCGACCUUGCUGAAAAUGAUAGACCCCAACAGCCUGAAGUGAGUCAACAUUGCAAUG